GCGCGCUCCAGCUCAAGUCCCUCCUUCCUCGACGAUGCAGCUCCUGCCCACCCUCGCCGUUGCCGCCGCCACCGCCGCCGCCGCGCUCGUACUCGCUGAGCAGGAGGUGCACCUCCGGAUGCACCUGACCGAGCACAAGUUCUACGUGACGCCCAUCGGCCAGCAGUGCGCCUUCAACAACUGCGUGGAUCCGUCCGUGUACCCGUGCGCCAACGGCGUCUGCGUGCGCCUCAACUACACGUACGGCAUCUGCAGCGACGACUCCAAGGACAUGAGCGCCGACGUGGACUACGACGACCCGAAGCUGCUCUGCCCGUACCCGAACCCGUACAACAGCAAGCUCGGCUCGCUCGGCGACGAGGAGGACGACGACACCGAUGACGCGUAAACCAACAGACGCGACUCGUCGGCCCCUCCCUAGUGUUAGGAGAGAGAGAGAACAACGUGUAUAUCCCGAACUUAAAUGUAAACACGGUCUAUAAGCAAUCGACGUCUCUGUAGACGGCAUUGAACCAUGG